UAAAUUGCAUUGAAUAUUCUAUUACCUCACAUCAGAGUAGUCUGUGUAUUUAACCUGACAGGCACUAAUACAAGGUGAUUUUUAAACGGAUUGAAGAGAUUUUGACAUUAUCAAGAGCUUCUCUUCAAUUGAUCUUAAUUCCAAAUUCGACUUUGUUCGACCAUUCUGAAUUAUUGUUCGUUUAAUUACAAGAUUAAACCUUUUAAGCGUGUCGGAUAUUUGAACUCGUACCAAAAACAGCUUUACUAAUGAAUCGAUGAACCCCGGCGUGGAGGAUUAGCCAUUUAAUACCAAACAUUGAGUCAACGUUAGCCUUACUUUGCGAAAGUUUUCACAGCGUCAUCGUCACUUGGUAGCGAGUGGUUAAAUUUAUUUGGAUUAAUUCUGCAGUGUUUACUCGAGUGUUUUGGCCAAACUUCUCCCAAACAGAUAUUUUAUUUGAACUUCAGACUGCACUAUUUAACAACGAAGAGAACAUCUUGAGUACCGAGAGGAAACCGGGGAAAUAUGCCAGCACUAACGUCGCCUUGGUUUUACCAGAGGAACCCACAACUUCCUCCUCACCUAGCCUCCGCAGCACAGACGCGUUCCCCUAGCAACAUGACAGAGGAAGAGGUGGAUCAAAUUACCAAGCGGGUGGGUCGCCCGACACGAUCCUCGCAAGCCAAACUCAGCCAGGCCUGGAAGCUGGAAAACACCUUCAUGGAAACUGGGCGACAUUCAUGGGCCAAAAUGGAUUUAUACGCGGACUGCAAAAAGUGUAUGUGGAAGGACAAUGGGGUUGUGAAAGCCACUUGUAAAAUUCGCCCCGUGCAGCCAACACCUCGCUAAUAUCUGGCUUCUUGUCACGAGGAACUUCUAGUCCACCACGACUGUCAAAACCAGUUAGCUACCACCACCAUUUGUCUUUUAUUUCAGGCUCUGAUCAUCAAAAAUAAUCUACGCUUCAAGGAUUCUCCCAUUAUUCGUGUGGUGCUUACGCUUUACAAUCGGUGAUGCUCUCUGUUUUGGCGUGAUGACAUAUACCAGUUCAGUAUUAUGACUUUCUUAUGUUUAUAUAACAUACAUAUCAUUACUGUUUGUGCUUCAAAUUAGGAUUCGUUUUAAUCUCGGGAUUUAUUUUAAUACCCCACUGAAAACAACAUUGGAAAUUCGCCACCUGAAAACUCCACUUCUCACAGUAUAAGUAUGUUGCUGUUUCUUCUAUGUUUUCAUCCAAAACUACUCUGUCACAGAUCAUUUGCAGUUGUCAAUGUGUUGUGUAUUAAAAGAAGUUUACAAAUGUUAAAUUCUAAAUUCAUAUUUUUCCCAAGUGUUUGUAUUAAUAAAAAAAACUAUAUUUUAA